AUGGACAAAGAAGCAAAAUAUCUGCGGUAAUCACACCAAUCCGAGUGGUCAUCGCUCUCCGUCGCACGGGCAGGUUUGGGACACCGAACCUAAUCGGCUUGUGCGGACAUAAAUAUCGAGUGGUCGGCUUGUGCCUCACCGUCGGCGUUCUUUGCUCUUCGCGAUGGCAGCACAGGCAGCGGUCGCAGGCGCCGGUUUUGUGAAGGAGGUGCUUCCUCCGUCCCUCGAUUCGUCCUCGGAACCACCUGCUCUGUUCGACGGCACCUCCAGGUUGUAUAUAGCCUAUAUAUGCCCAUUUGCACAACGCACCUGGAUAACUAGGAAUGUUAAGGGAUUGCAGGAAAAGAUCAAAUUAGUUCCGAUCGAUCUGCAAAAUAGGCCAGCGUGGUACAAGGAGAAGGUUUAUUCUGCCAAUAAGGUGCCUUCUCUGGAGUAUAACAAUGAGGUGAAAGGAGAGAGUUUGGAUCUAAUUAAAUAUAUUGAUGAAGCAUUUGAAGGUCCUGCUCUGCUGCCUGAUGAUCCUGCAAAGCGACAGUUUGCAGAGGAGCUGUUUUCUUACACUGAUGACUUCAGCUUGGCCAAUUACAAGUCAUUGCCUUCGCCGGCUGAUAUUGGUGAUGAAGUAGUUGCUGCUUAUGAUAAGAUAGAAGAUGCCCUUUCAAAGUUUGAUGAUGGACCAUUUUUCCUCGGCCAAUUUAGUUUGGUUGACAUUGCAUAUGCUCCAUUUAUUGAGAGAUUCCAGAUCUUCUUUGCUGAGUUGAAGAACUAUGACAUUACCAGUGGCAGGCCUAAACUGGCACUAUGGAUUGAGGAGUUGAACAAGAUCGAUGCCUAUAAACAUACCCGACAAGAUCCUCAAGAGCUACUGGCUAGCAUGAAGAAGCGCUUAGGGAUAUUGCCAGCAGCGCGGUUGUGAUCUCGAAUCUGGGAGCUUUCCGGACACAGAUCUUUGCCUGACCUGCUAAACUAGUACAAGUAUUAGCAUAGUGUGCUGUAUGCUAAUUGCAUCUGCUUUGCAAUUGCUAUGUGCUGUUCUCCUGUAUAAUUGACGGUAAAUAUUCAAUGUUAUGAUCUGGAUUCCGAAUUCCCACAA